UAUAGAGCGAAUUAAUAGAAUCCUAUAGUGGCGCGGUACUUACGAAACCAGUAAAAUAGUAAAAUCUACUGUGACUGUCCAUGUUGACAUGAAAACCUAAAAUCUAGAGGGAAUGAUGUUAUCGUGAGACAUGAGGGCUCAGUGUUGUAUAUGUGCUGAACAUUUUGUAAAUGAUGCAUCAGUGGCAAUAGCGGCUGUCCAGUGCGGUCACACAUUCCAUGAGGGCUGUUUGUCGACAUGGCUGAAGACAUCUAACACCUGUCCCAGCUGUCGAAGUCGGGUCGAUCCCUCCAGAACUAUACAUCGCCUCUUCUUUGAUGGUGAAGAUGACAAUGAAGGUGAUGAUAGUGACGUAGGUCGAUUAAAGAAUUCCAUACAAAAUUUACAGGCUGAAAAACAGACGCUUGAUCUAAAGGUGAAAGACCUUGAGAGUGACAAUGAGUCACUAAAUAGAAAGCUGAAGUGUGUGAAAAAAGAGAAAGAUGUUGCAGAGUCUAAGUACUUUGAAGAGCAGUCAAAUAUCUCAAGCUUGAAGAAACAAUUACAUUUCUAUCAAGUGCAACAAAAGGCCGUCGAGAAAGAGAGGGAGACGUGUUUGAAAAUUAAACAGAAAUUUUCACAAUACCAGAAUAUUGAGAGAUUAUUGACAGCCUGUGAAGAUGAUAUAAAAGACACUAUUCAGCAGUAUGGAGAAGCUAGCAAAGAAAGCGUACAGAAUCUAGCCACUUAUUGCAGUAUGCUUAAGAGGGAGUAUGACAAACUCAAAGCAGAAAAGAAAGCUGUAAAAGCAGAGUUUGACAAGUUCAAACGAGAGAACAUAUCAAAAGAUCAUGUUCUACGAGAGAUGGAAAGGGAGGUAACACUGUUAAAAGAGCAGCUGGCUCACUCCGAGGAAGAUCUCAAGAAGGUGGAAAAAGAAAAACAUACAUUAAAGAGGAAGAUUAUGAAUUAUCGGAAAGCAAUUCAGAGCCCAAAAGGAGAAAAUGUGAGCAGUGUUAGUUUUGUGGACAAAAUGAUGAGUGAAAGUCCCUAUAGCGACAAUAAGAAUAGUGUGAAUACGCCCGUUUUAUUUGAUGAGUCGAUAGAGAAAGUGAAAGAGGUGGACUUAGAAGAGUAUUCCAGGAAAUUGGUAUCUCCAGAAAUACUGAAAGCAACAAAUACCCAGCAUUCUCAGUCCAAACGCCAUCAUGAGUCAGGAGCAGAGGUCAGAUAUUUAAAAAUUGGAACAGCCAGUCAGAAUCCGAUAAAGAGACAGAAAUGUGAUGAUCCAAUAGAACUUCAAGAACUUAGUCAUUUUAAUAUCUUCAAGAAAAAGUCUGGAGUUGGAGACUACAGUUCCUCUAUCAGGAAAGGAUUCAAUGGAUUGGGUUGUGUAGAAACAUUCACUGAACGCUCAGGAAGACCAAAACUUGCCGUACCCAAAAGAUCAGUAAGUCGAGUGAGUAAGAAUGGGAAAAUGCUGAAGGUUCCGUCUCUGGACAAUUUCGUCACGCUAGACUGAUUGUUCAACUUUCAAUCGAUUUAUACAUGUACUGGUAUCAACUUACCUACCUACAAGUAUUGGUGCUAUAUUUGAAUUGUGGUUUAAAGCGAGUUAUGAUCUCCCAAAAACGAUUUCUUUUCAGCUCUCCUACAUAAUAGCUGCAAUUGAAAACUAAUUUUUAUCAUCUCUCCUGGUAUGUGUUUAAAAUGAAUGUUGAUCAUGUGAUUACUAAUAAAUUAUUUAAAUCUAA